AUGGUCGACAACCUCAUCCGUGCUCUCGCUGAGCAUCUCGGCCGUUCAUCCCCCUGGCACCAGAGAUUUCACGCGCUGCAGGAAGUGUUCACAGCAUCCAACCUGGAGCUCCAAGGGAUACACAGCGUGCGUUGGCUCUCCAAGGGUGAUGCAGUUCUGCGAUUGGUUUACGUAUCCCCCGCCGUCAUUGUCAUGCUUUCGGAGUAUGACCUCCAAAUGCACGAGUUAGCCACCAGCUACAGGUUUCAUUUCUUGCUCUUCUUCAUUGCGGACGUCCUGGAGCAGCUGAACGUCCUGAACAAGACGUUCCAGCAGCAUGAGCUUGACUAUGCAGUCGUUCAUGCUCAGAUCAGGAGGACAACCUCCUACCUGGAGAGUCGAUACGUGGACUGUGGAGACGAUUUUGGAGGCGGGUUGAGCGCCCGCUUGUCUCCUUUCAUCACGAAGCAUGGCCCCGAUGGUGGAUGCCCCAAGGUGACGGUGAAAGGGGUGGACUCAGAUGGCAGGCCGACAACACAUGAGUUCGUCCUCCACGAGAAUCCGAACGAGGACUUCCCAACCGUGGGAAGCCACGACGCCUGCAUCGACCUGUGCACUGCGUUCGCCGAGACCCUUGUGCGCAACCUAAAUUCACAAUUUGAAGACUUGCAGGGCUUGUCUGGAGUGAGACUUUUCACUCCAGACGAGUGGCUGCAUGGGAGGGUGGAGCGAUACAACCAGUGCCUUGAGUGGCUCAGGUCACUGCCGAACUAUGACGAGGUUGUGCAGAUCUGGCGCAGCUACAAGAAGCGCCGUCCUUUCUGUAACUUUGCAGCAGUACCAGCAGUAGAGGGGCAGGGCGAUAGCAGAGGAAAGGAAGUAGCUGAAGAAGAGGAAGAGUUGGAGGAAAUGGAGCAGGCUUGGCAGGGAGACAAUGGCAGUAGGAGUAGUGGUGACUCUGAUUCUGAUUAUUGA